AUGCCGAUGCAGCACUCAUUGGACAUGGAGCUUAUCACCGCUGCAGCUAGGUAUGCAGAUGAAAAUAGAUCUCGGCGUAACAUUCAUACCAAUCUGGAGGGUGUAAUCGGCCAUGCACGUACGGAUAGCAGCAUCUAUGGAUCUGGAAACUCGGCUUCCCCUGAUGUUCCCACCCCACCAACCGAGGGUGCUACAGCAGGGUUCAGCGCGGCUACUGCAGACCCUGCUCCAUCUGGAGCCGAAACAGCCGCUGAAGGCACUACUUACACCACUGUUGGAAACGUCAACAGCCAUGCUCCUUCUAGCACUGCAAAGACCACCACCACUGACGCGACUCAAAGCCACUCGUGA